AUGCAGAAAACGACCUACUACGACAACUCAACGCUUUUCGGAGGUUACUCGUAUCAGGGUGCCAACGGUUUCAGUUAUGAGGCUCCGGCACCAGCCUUUCAAACCUCAGCACACCUCGAAGGCGACUACCAGAGGUCCGCCUGCUCGCUGCAGUCGCUCGGCACCAGCGGCCCGCCGCAACCGCAGCAUGCCAAAACGAAAGAGCUCAACGGCAGUUGCAUGCGACCCAGCCUGCCACCCGAGCAUCAUCCACCACCCCAAGUCUCCCCUCCCCAGAACCCCGUGAAUGCCACCGGUUCCAGCUCCGCUCAGCAGCCGGGCGGCAGCGGCAACGGCGUGGUCGGCGGUGGCGGCGGCGGCGGGGGCGCGGCGAAGUCGUCGUCCAAACCGUCCUCGAUGGCUCCGAACCCUACCCUCGCCAAGCAAAUCUUCCCCUGGAUGAAAGAGUCGAGGCAGAACACCAAGCAAAAAAACAACUCCCCCAGUGCAAGCUCAGCUAACGGUGUAGGUGGCACUGAGGCUGAUACGAGCAGUGGCGGUGAGAAGAGCCCCCCGGGUUCUGCCGCCUCUAAGAGAGCGCGCACGGCCUACACGAGCGCGCAGCUGGUGGAGCUGGAGAAGGAGUUCCAUUUCAACCGGUACCUCUGCCGGCCGAGGCGCGUGGAGAUGGCCAACCUGCUCAACCUCAGCGAGAGGCAGAUCAAGAUAUGGUUUCAGAACCGACGCAUGAAGUACAAGAAGGAUCAGAAAUCGAAAGGCAUGGGUUCGUCUUCCGGGGGGCCUUCGCCCACCGGGAGCCCGCCCCUCCCCAUGCAGUCGUCCGCUAGUUUCAUGAACUCCAUGCACUCAAUGGGCAGCUAUGACGCACCGUCGCCUCCAUCUUUUAAUAAACCCCAUCAAAACGCAUAUGCCAUGUCUACCGCCUACCAGAAUCCAAUGAAAGGAUGCCCAUCGCAACAAAAAUAUGGGAACACAGCACCAGAAUAUGACCCUCACGGUUUGCAGGGUAACAGUGGCAACUACGGGACGCCUAAUAUGCAGGGGAGCCCCGUCUACGUCGGUGGCAACUACGUGGAUGCCAUGCCCACCACCGGGCCUUCCAUGUAUGGCCUCAAUCACCUACCACAUCAUCAGUCGGCAAACAUGGACUACAAUGGUGCCACGCAGAUGUCUACCAACCAACACCAUGGACCGUGCGACCCCCACCCAACAUACACGGAUCUGUCAGCGCACCAUCCUUCUCAGGGUAGAAUCCAAGAAGCACCCAAGUUGACUCAUCUGUAG